UACACGCCAAGAAAUCACCUUAGUAAUAGUUACUUUACACAGCGCCAUAUAACUCAUGUUUACUCACCUUUUCUCACAUAUUAAUUACUUCUUUCCCAUGCAAAGUUCUCGUCUUCAUCAUCCCAACACCAUGAAUAUCACAACCAUCACCACCAACUUCACGGCCGAUGCCGCCGCUGCUGCCACCGGAAAAUUUGUCUUCCUCCGCCAUUUUCAACUCUUGGAGGUUUUCGCAGCGGUCUUCGUGUUUAUUGCCAUUAACUCGCUGAGGCAGAAGAGGAAACAAGGCUUGCCCGUUUGGCCAGUUCUUGGUAUGUUGCCUUCUUUGGCGUCUGCUCUCCAAACCAACAUGUAUGAGUGGAUCUCCGACGUUCUCCGAACCCAAAACGGUACGUUUUGGUUCAAAGGACCAUGGUUUAGCAGCCUGAACUGUAUAGUCACCUCCGACCCUCGAAACUUAGAGUAUCUACUCAAGACAAAGUUCUCUAACUUUCCUAAAGGGCCUUACUUUCGUGACACGGUGCGUGAUCUUCUCGGCGAUGGAAUCUUCAGCGCUGACAAUGAAACUUGGCAACGACAAAGAAAGACGGCGAGUAUUGAGUUUCACUCGGCCAAAUUCCGAAAUUUGACAACUGAGUCUCUCCGUGAGUUAGUCCAUGCUCGGCUGUUACCGGUCUUAGAGGACUCCAUCAAACAGUUGGCAGGGAUAGAUCUUCAAGAAGUUCUCUUGAGACUAACGUUCGACAACGUUUGCAUGAUCGCUUUCGGGGUCGAUCCCGGUUGCUUGCAAAAGGGGUUGCCGGAAAUCCCAUUCGCCAAAGCCUUCGAGGACGCCACCGAAGCCACCGUGUUCCGGUUCGUGACUCCGACGUGUUUGUGGAAAGCCAUGAGGUAUUUAAACGUUGGAAUGGAGAAGAAGCUGAAGGAAUCAUUACGAGGAGUGGAUGAGUUCGCCGAGGACGUGAUUCAAACGAGGAAGAAGGAGCUUUCGUCACGUUGUGAUGAGAAGAAGAUGAGGUCAGACCUCUUGACUGUGUUCAUGGGGUUGAAAGACGAGAACGGAGAGGCGUUUUCGGACAAGUUUUUGAGAGAUAUUUGUGUGAACUUUAUACUGGCCGGGAGAGAUACUUCUUCGGUGGCUUUGAGCUGGUUUUUCUGGCUUAUUGAUCGGAAUCCGGUGGUUGUGCAGAAAAUACUUGAAGAGCUUUGUAAGAUAUUGGGGGAGAGAGAAGAGCUUGAGAAGGGAGAUAUGGUGGUGUUUAGACCAGAGGAGAUUAAGAAAAUGGAUUAUUUGCAGGCUGCUAUUUCAGAGGCUCUCAGAUUGUAUCCUUCGGUUCCAGUGGACCACAAGGAGGUGGUUGAAGAUGAAAAAUUCCCAGAUGGAACAGAGUUGAAAAAGGGAACCAAAGUGGUGUAUGCAAUAUACGCCAUGGGAAGAACAGAGGCCAUAUGGGGUAAGGACUGCCUCGAAUACAAACCGGAGAGAUGGCUCGGCCGUGACGGGCGGUAUAUGAGAGAAUCCGCCUACAAAUUCACGGCAUUCAACGGCGGACCUCGCCUGUGCUUAGGCAAAGACUUUGCUUACUACCAAAUGAAAUUCGUGGCCGCUUCAAUCAUCUACCAUUACCAUGUCAAGGUUGUGGAGAACCACCCUGUGGUGCCUAAGUUGGCCUUGACCAUGUACAUGAAGCAUGGCUUGAAGGUCCAUCUCUCUAGGCGUGACCAGUCUGCGCUUCAAAAUUACUACUUCAAAGGUUGAUUAAGAUACUAAUGCAUCAUCAUGUUAUAAUAAUGCAGCACUUAAUGUGCCUUUUUUCUUAGAGUUUUAUAUAGAUAUAUAUAUAUAUAUAUAUAUGCAAUACAUGGAUCUUAUUAUAGGCAAGUGUGGAGUGAUAUGACCACUAGAGAAAGUUGGAUUUCAAAUAAGGGAGUGGUCAUGUGGAUACUGUAUUGUUUAUAAUUAGUUUUAGUCAUAUGUCGUUUGAGGUUGUGAUUUGGAAAAUAAUCUUAUUUGAUUUGUAAUGAUUAUUUGUUUAUAUGUCAUUAUACUUUAAAGAAUCUUCUCAAGCAAA